GAUAAUACAUUCAGUAGAAUACGUGUGUUGGUGGAGGUUGACUCUUAUAUUCUUUUUGUAGCGUUUGAUUGCGUUACCGUGUCAAUUUUGGAGCCCACGCAGUAAUGGAAUCCGUAACCUUUGGAAUUUUAACAGUGAGUGAUACCUGUUCUCGAAAUGAAAAAGAUGAUACAGCUGCUCCCCUGCUUCAGUUGGAGAUUAAAAAGAACUUUCCACUUUGCAAGUUUUUCAGGAAGAUUGUCCCUGACGAAAUAGACGAUAUAAAGGAAACCCUCGAGUCGUGGAUAAAAUAUGGAUGCAAUGUCAUCUUCACUGUGGGUGGUACUGGAUUUUCCCCGAGAGAUGUCACUCCAGAAGCAACAAGAGCAGUCAUACAGAAAGAAGCACCUGGCAUCGCUUACGCCAUGGUUUCCAAGAGUUUAGCCAUCACCGAUAAGGCUAUGCUUUCAAGAGCCGUCUGUGGGAUUAACUCGAAGACUUUAAUAAUAAAUUUUCCGGGUAGUGCCAAAGCAGCUGUCGAGUGUUUUGGAUUCAUCAAGGAUUGCAUCCCUCAUGCGGUUGCACUUCUUACGAAUAACAUGGAGUUGGUAGCAAGUCAUCACAAAUGGAUCCAGGAAAAUCCUAAAGUAACUGUAGCUACACAAUCCCAGUCUAAUCAAGCAAGUACUAUGGCCGCUUCGGAACCACCAAGCGGGAGCAAGGUGAAACUGAAUAACACUGCGAACAGAAACCGCAAAUCUCCUUAUCCCAUGUUGGAAGUAGAAGCAGCUUUGAAUAUAAUUCUGGCCGAAUGCAAAGCGAGCUUAGAGAAGGAAGAAUUGGAAUUUGACAAGGCUGCAAAUAGAGUACUAGCUGAAGACAUCUACGCUGACGAACCAGUUCCACCAUUUCGAGCCUCAAUCAAAGACGGAUAUGCGGUGAGAGCUGCUGAUGGAGUCGGCGAUAGAAUCGUGAGGAAUGUUACAGCUGCAGGAGAUUCACCUUAUGAAGAUAGUCUGAAAGAAGGAGAAGUGAUAAGGAUAUCUACAGGAGCACCAAUUCCUUUAGGAGCAGAUGCUGUGGUACAGGUAGAGGAUACAACGUUGGUUGAACAGUCUGAUGAUGGAUCGCAGGAGGUAGUAGUUAGAAUCAACGUCCAGCCCCAGGUCGGCCAAGACAUAAGGGAAAUUGGUAGUGAUAUAGCAGCGGGAGAAUUGGUACUACCUAAAUUUCAGCGAAUAUCUGUAGCCUAUAUAGGAGUGUUAGCAAUGUUGGGAAAAACAAAAGUAAAAGUAUUCAAACGUGCAUCUAUUGGAAUCAUUUCAACAGGAAACGAGCUCAAAGCGCCUAAUGAAGAACUGAGACCUGGGCAGAUUCGAGAUUGUAACAAAGUCUCACUAAUGAAUUUAUUAAAACGGUACAGCUAUGAAUCAAACGACUGCGGGAUUGCAAAGGAUGAUCCAGACAGUGUUAAAUUCGCUUUUGAAAAAGCGUUCGCAACGAGUGAUAUCGUUAUAACCACUGGAGGAGUAUCGAUGGGUGAAUACGACAUUGUGAAGCAAGUGCUUGAGGAAGAUUUCCAUGCCAUUAUACAUUUUGCUCGUGUCAAUAUGAAACCAGGAAAACCUACGACAUUCGCUACUCUUUCGUAUAAAGGACAAUUCAGAAUGGUUUUUGCCUUGCCUGGAAACCCAGUGUCUUGUUGCGUCACUUCUUUACUGUUUGUCGUCCCCUUACUUAGAUACAUAGAAAGAAGCAGGAUAUACCAAUUUCCAGUAGUGCAAGUACCUAUAAGUGGAUUAAUAAAUAAGGAUGAGAGACCAGAAUACCAUAGGGUGCAAGUAUACAGUACUUAUGGAGGCUUGAGCGCUGUUUCGACGGGCAAGCAAAUUAGUAGUCGUCUUAAUAGUUUAGCAGGUGCUAACGGUUUAGCUAUAGUUUCAAAAUGCCAGGAAACAAAAUCGAACUCUAGUUUUUCAAGCAAAUCAAAUAAAUAUAACGUUAUAAUUUUCGAUGAUAUUUUGAAUUAGUAUAAUCUGUUUUAUUUUUGUAAAUAAAAAGCCAUUUGUUUGCUCAUUUUUUGUAACCAUUAUAACUGAUAUGU